GAUGUGACUGCACGACAGAGCGAUGAUGUCAUUAACACGAUGAAGUCGAUACUGUUUUGUGCGGUAUUGGCCCUACUGGUGGUCAGUGGGUUGUGCUGCGAGCCGAGAAAGGACCCGUCCAAGUUCAUCAGCAAAAAGAUAAAAACCGGAACUCUCAGUAUCGAAACGAAAGACAAGCAAGUUGUUUUGAGUAUUCGAAAAAAUGAUGGAACGAAAAUAGAAGCUUCCCUGUUCACGAAGAACCCAGCGUUAAAAAGCGAUGAAGCUCUGAAAAUCGAACAAGACUGCGAGAGGUUGACAACGUGCAUCCAACUGGCCGGCAAUACCUACGCCAAAAUAAAAGCCGAUCCCGAAAACGAGGUCGUAUACAUCAGCCGUGUCGUGAGCGAUGCCCAAGGGGAGUUGGACGACUGCUUUUCUCUGGACGACGCGCAAUGGUACGGAGGACCACAGUGGAGGUACCAGCACUGGCCCAUCCAGCACAUGUACUACGAGGAGGAGUCGUACGUGACGACCCACCCACAAAAUAUGGCCCUCGCCGAGAGGUACUGGCUGUCGAGCAAAGGAAUAUACGUAUUCGCUAACGAAAGCGACCCGCUCUUUCUGGACCAGAACAACCUCAAGGCCAAGCACUUGUGCCUGAUCGCGAAAAACAAGAAGCCGUACCAAGAGAGGACCAAGGUCACGCUCAACUACGAAAUUGGUGUUUUUUCCGAUCCUAGAACUGCCCAUACUCGCGUCAUCGAGCAACACUUUGGCAAACCUACCGGCCGUCCGUCCGAGAGAAUGGUCACCCAUCCGAUCUGGUCCACUUGGGCCAGGUACAAGGUCAACGUGAACGACAAAGUUGUCCGGGAAUUCGCCCAAGAAAUCAUCGACAGAGGCUUCAGUAACAGUCAGAUCGAGAUCGACGACAAUUGGGAGACUUGUUACGGAUCCGCGGUAUUCGAUCCGAAUAAAUUUCCCGACGUAACGGCUCUAACCACUGAUUUGAAGAAUAAGGGCUUUCGCGUCACACUCUGGAUCCACCCGUUCAUCAACAAAGAAUGCGAUACCGAGUACAAUUAUGCUCUAGAUCAAAACUACUUUGUAAGAAACGAGACUGGCAAUGUUGAGACCAGCUGGUGGCAGGGGCCACACGCGGCUGCCAUUGACUUCACGAACCCAAAGGCCGUCGAGUGGUGGGUGGGCCGUUUGAAGAAACUGCAAGCACUGGGUAUCGAUAGCUUCAAAUUCGACGCCGGCGAGACGUCGUGGCUGCCCGAAGGAAGGCCAAAACUGACGGGGCCAUCGGAUUUACUGCCUGGCAUUUACACUCUGAAUUACACGAGUAAUCUGGCCAGCCACUUUGACGAUGUGAUCGAGGUGCGCGUCGGUUGGAGAAGCCAGAAGCUACCCAUAUUCGUGCGAAUGAUCGACAAAGACUCGCGAUGGACGUGGAACAAUGGACUGCCCACACUGAUUACCACUCUGCUGCAGAUGAAUUUGAACGGCUACGUCUUCGUUCUACCAGAUAUGAUUGGUGGCAACGGGUACGUCAACAACAACAUCAACAGCACUCAACUGCCAUCGAAGGAGCUGUUUAUCAGAUGGCUGCAGGCUAAUGCUUUCAUGCCUUCUCUGCAAUACUCAUUUGUCCCGUGGGACUACGACGCCGAGACAAUUAAGAUCAGCAAAACGUACACCGAUCUACACGCCCAAUAUUCGCCAAACAUAAUUGACCUCAUGAAGAAAGCUGUGAGCACGGGGGCUCCGAUAAAUCCUCCGAUCUGGUGGGUGGACCCCACGAGCGCCGAAGCCCACAAAAUCAGCGAUGAAUACCUCCUAGGGGAAGACAUCCUGGUAGCCCCUGUCAUCGAGGAGGGGGCAACCUCUCGCCACGUUUUCCUUCCACGAGGCCGAUGGAAGGAUCCAAGGACAGGGAAGGUUUACGUCAAUCACGGAUGGUUGAACGAUUAUCCAGCCCCCCUGGAUGUGCUGCCUUACUUCAUAAGAGUGCAAUAACACCAAACUCUUUGGUGACUCUUGGUUUUUAUAUUUUUCUCAGUGUAAGGAAAUUCAAUUGAAGUCGUGCAAAGAUUUGCUUCGAAAUCCUUCAAUAAAAACUAUUUUCUUUUGUUUUUUUAAAAAUCA